GGGUAUUCUUGUCAUGCAGCUUCAUCUUUCCACAUUGUACAGUCGUACCUUGGAAGUCGAAUGGAAUCCAUUCCGGAAGUCCGUUCAACUUUCAAAACAUUCGAAAACCAAAUCACGGCUUCUGAUUGGCUGCAGGAAGUUCCUGCAGCCAAUCGGAAACUGUCGAAUGCCUGUCGGAUAUUCGGGUUCCAAAAGAACAUUGGCAAACUGGAACAAUCACUUCCAGGUUUGUGGCACUCAGGAGCCAAAAUGUCCAAGUUCCAGGGCAUUUGGGACGCAAAGUACGACUGUACUUGGAAACUCACUGCACAGAGCUCUUGUGAGAGACCCUCUAGGCUAAUUUCUAGAAUACUCUCUGUGGGCAUUCUGCCCAUCUGGAUCUCUUUCUUCAAGAGUCAAGUUUCUUACAGCCCACUCUUAAGCAUCUUUGUAGAAGUUAAGUGACACUGUGUUCUCUUGAACUCGCUCUUCAUGUACACAUUUUGGCAUAGCUGAGAGGGACCAGCAGAAUGUCCACCCAGAAGGGAGCAGCAAUUUACCAAUGGGAUAGUCUGCCUCCCUUGAGCUGGCCAGGUUGUGCUAACUUGGCAGGAAGCUGUGCUCUCCUCCCCCGAGGCUAGAGCAUCUCUUACCUGUGCCUCUUACGCAGGGCUGAAUGACAAAGUAAGGUCUCAAGCAGCUGAGGGCAGCAGUAUUCCAAGCCCUUUCAAGGGCAUGCUGCUGCUUUGCAGCAUCUCAAGUUGCAGAAAACUGCACAGCCAUACUCAGUACUCAGUACCACUCUGUACCACUGAGAAUCUGACAGGAAUACACACACACACACACACACACACACACACACCACAACCAUGUAUGUUCCAGAUAGAAAGCAUUCCAGUUAGUUUUUUACAAUUACAUUUUUUUUAACCGCAGGUACAUUAAAGCCACAAGCAACACAUAAGUAGUGUGUAGAAGAGUAGAUAAUCUGCAACAUUUAGGAACAUGUUUCUCUUUUUAGAUUGGAACAUAACUGUGGUAGCUGGUGCCCCAUCCCCAAAGUCUACCAUCUGACCUACCUAUGCAACUACUUCAAAUAAGGAAGUUUAAUUUGGCAGAUAUCUGCACAGCAGCUUUGUCGCUGUGAAACAUGACAAGUAUGGAAAUGGAUUAAGGUAGAACAGAUUACACACACACACACACACACACACACACACCAGUAUACCUUUAUCUCCAGAACAUGGAAAACUUAAAAAUCACCAGUCCAUCAGUUUCCUCAAAAUUGAAAAUGGAACACCACCAGAUUUGGUCAUUGAGCAGGAAAACUAAAGGCAGAGUUUGGAUUUUAUCAUGCCCAGAUUAUCUGGAAAUCAUUUUACUGAUAGAACAGCUGACUGAAAUAUUUUAUAUAACAAGUCAUUAAAAUAAGGAAAACUGAGACUUGAUGCAAGAAAAAGUCUGCAAGGAUGUUCUGGUGGUACCAGUACUUGAAUAUGUAACAGAAUAAUCACCUAAAGCUGAAGAAUAGUUGCAUUGACAGAUAUAAAUGGGGAUGACAUAGCUAAAGAAAUGGACAAGAAAAUAAUAAAAUGAUUUACAGAACUUCCAAAUAUAUUUCAUUUAAACACAUGGACACAAUUAGAGAAAUAAGUACCAAGCAAACAACUGAUUAAACUAUUGAGUCAACCCUUUAGAGAUUCCCCUUCAUUGCAAAAUCUAGCAGCAUUUAAGAAGAAUGUUGCAUCAGAUUCAAAUUGUGGUUACACCCAACAUCCUUGUCUUGACUUCAGCUUAUUUUUCCAAAAACAAAAUAAAUUACUUCAUACUAUUCAAAUACUAUUUCGAACAGACAAUACUAUAGUAUGUAGGCCAGCAAGUGGAAUAACAUUUGUGCUGGAUGGGGGCAGAGGGGAGCUCUUCUACAUGGGAUCCAAUGAAACUAACCAUAUUCAGCCAUCUUGGAAUAGUAUUCUACUUAAGUGUACAAAAAUAUGUGUGUACAUGUUGCCCAAGAACUACAAUCGUGGUUGAUGGAUAUACUAAUACCAAUGAUCUUCAGCUAUGCUCCCCAGGUUUUGUCCCUCAACAUUGGAUAAGCUGGCUGGGGAUGUAGUCCAACCACAUAUGGGGAUGCAGGGUUGACAAAACACUGCAGUAGAGUAUCAAGGACAUGUUGUAUAGCAGAAGAGAAGGUCGAGAAAUCAUAUUCAUGGACAAAAUACAGAUCCACAAAUUGUUUUCAUGCAAGUCAAAAGAAACAAUGACCCAUCAGUGCACUGACAACAAGCAAUUUACAGUAGCUCAGGCUAAUGGUGGUGCUGGUGUUUUGUUUUUCCCAGCAGCUGCCAAGCUAGCUCAGUCCACCAACACUGCAGUUGCAUGGGAGAUGACACCAACCUGUUUCCCCUGCUUUGUUUUCAUGUUGCCAGUCUAGUAAGGCAUUGUGUUUUUCUGCAGAGCCACCAAAGGGAGGGGAACCAAAGGUAUUGAACAUUAAAAGUGUCCAGCAGCAGUUUAGUGAAAGAACCUCCAGGGUUAAUGGAUCUGGGAAAGGAUUUCAUGUGAGCACAUUCAUGUACAGUAGUGAAUUAAUAAACAAAAUGAAACAGGCAGGGCUGUUUCUUAACCACAACACAGCACUAAGGCAAAGUAUGUAAAGCCAGAGGCAGUUUGUUGGAAUACUAACAAGGGAACUGUGAUUAAGUCAGAACAUUACGACGAUCACUGUUGAUAUAAAAGAGUGUUAAAACUAAAUGCUGAUUUAACAAAGCUGGAUGUCACAACUUUUAGUAUGCAGUUUCUUAUGUUAGUCUAUUGUUCUCUCUCAAAAUAAAAUACUUCUGCAGGAAUUUUACAGUUUAGCCUUAUUUUUACAGGACCAUAAACAGUAUUGCUUUGAAUAAAACAUUGUCCAGUGGCACCUUAGAGACCAACUAAAUUUGUACUGGUUAUAAGCUUUCGUGUGCAUGCAAACUUCUUCAGAUACACUGAAACAGAAGUAUCUGAACUGGACAAUUUUUUAUUUAUUUUGACUUUGUCAGACCAACACAGCUAUCUACCUGAAUCUAGUAUUGCUUUGGUUACUGUUUAAGAAUUUUUACAGGAAAAUGAACAUUUCUGUAUAUUGAUAGGGAAAUUAUUUUGGUACUUGAAUGAUUGGCAGAAAGAUGGAAUAAGAUAAAACAUAUGAGAGCUGGAUUCCUAAGUAAAAUUGCAACAGAGGUUGCAAUGUCAUAGGAAAACAUGUCAUAAUUUCUUUUUUAUUGUGUGUGUUCUACUUAAAGUUUGAAAUGCUUUUUGGUUUUUCAGUUCUUUUUCAGGCUCCAAUUGAAGGGCGGUUCAGUAAUGAUGUGUGCUCCAUGGUGUCUGUGCUGUAGCCUAAGCAAAAGAAACAGGAAUCUACACUUCAGUUUUAUAGUGUCAGAUUCAUUUUGCUGAUGCUGCCGAACCAAAAUCUUUGUGCUCCUAAGUGCAACAUCAGCAUUACGGAGCAUGAAAGAGAACUAUUGAACCCAUCUCCCUGAGCUACUUCUCAGUUUGCAUUUUAUUUUUAAUCCCAUUGGUCAAAAGGCUUUGAGGACAACCAGGCACAUUCUGACAGACAUUUCUGUGCUAUAAGAAAGCUGAACGUUUACCAUUCAUUCUAUUACCAAAUUCAAGGGCAACUAAAGUAUAGAAUGAUGGACUUUGCAAGUCAAAUGAGUCUUGCUUUCAAAAGACAAAGCCUGCAGCAUGUGUGUGUUUGUAUGAAAUAUCCUAUAUUCUACUGUAAAUCCUAAAACCUAAUAAUUAAAUUCCUAGUAUUUCUAGAGGAGCUGGGUUGUUGUUGUUUUUCAAGACUAGAGACAGGCUAUGAAAAGGCUCAGUCAUCAAUUCAGUAAAAUUUAUGAUGGAAGUACAUGACUAGAUAUAAACACUGCUGUUUAUUUGCUGUGAAAAUUAAUGUUUUCUAGCCUAGAAAGUACUGGAUUUGGCCAUAACAUACAGAGCAAUCCUAUACUUCUAUAACACCAGGAUCAGAGAUACGCUGCCACUACAUUGCCACAUCCAGUGCAGGCUCAGGCGAGGAGGGGAGAAGAAAACGCUCAACUGGAACAUACAGAAGCAGAGUAAAGAUGGCAGACCCACAUCCCUGGAAAGGCCCACCUCUCAGGAACUCUUCAGAGACUGCCUGGGAAACCGACCAGGGGGGAAAAGAAGGGCAGGUGUGCAAAGUGGAAGUAAGGAAGAAAAAGGAGUGAGUGGAGUGGCGUCCUUUGUAUCUGUUGCAAGCUGUACAGAGCGGCUGGUUCUGUUGCAAGUGCCCGGCCUCAACCUGAGACUACAGAGCUACAUGGGCUACAUGGCCGUCCGGGAAGGCAUCCAGGUAGCAGCUCAUGUUGUCUCCCUGAGCUCAUGGUUUCCUCUGCCCCGAGUCCCAGAGCAGCCUGUGACAGGAGCCUGCCUGGUCUGAGGUGAGCCUGUCUUUUGCAGUAGCAGCUUCCUGGGGCCAAGUUUGUAGAAGAGGGUAGUUGAUCUGAGGCAUGGCCCUGCUUUACAAGCAUUCAGUGCAAUGCCCACCUCUCUUAUUCUCCAUGAUAGCAGAGAAACUUUUGGCAUUAUCGUAGGACCUUCCAACCAUAUUGCUGAGGAGCUCUCAUCUGUCACCACUGGCUUUUCAGAUUCUCCUGGUCAGCCAUGUUGGCCACCUGGAAGGGAACCUGGAAGAGGAUUAGGGAGGACUCGUGGGGUCUGUGCAUGGGAUCCAUUAGGUCAUCAGGACAUGAAAGCAUUCCCAAACGCUUCUGGAGAUUUGUCUUCUGUGUACCAUUAUUCUGCCACCAUUAAUUCUGGUUCAACUUUAAUUGCUAUGUUGCAGGGAGAUGAAUAUGUUCCAAGCAUGGGGGGGGAGGGGGAAAUUGCUGAAUUUCAUGCAGCUAUUAAAGACACAGGAAUUAGCUGAGGGAAAGUGGUGGCAACUGACAACCCUAUCAAAGGGGGAUCAGUAGCAGCGUUGCUGCAUCACAGGUUGUGGCUGGGACAAAAGAUGGGAUGUUGGCUUUUAACAAUGGCUGAGGGUUCUAGUGAGUAUCCAGAAAAGCAAAAUGCCUUGGAGGACGUUCAUGUUUUGCCAACACAAACUAUGAUGAUUCCGUUGCCAGCCUGUGCUGCCUACAUUGAUUUAGUCUGGGUUUAUUAUAAUCAUAUUCUGUUUGCUUCGGUGUGCUGCCUGGAGUUGAUAAAACGUGCGAGUUGGGGGUGAGGUAGCUUGUGUCAGUCCUUGUGGUGAUGUAAUUGCAAUGCGAAAUGGAACAGCAGCGCUUGCAUAGCUGGAAGUUGUGUUGGAGGCUAGAAACAGCUCAGGCGAGAAUUUGCAUCUGUGUUUCCUCCACUUUAAAGCCGCUGCCUUUAGCCCUGGAGGAGUGUCCGGAGCAAUUAGGAGGCAUCAGCUCCGAGGCUGCGAAGCUCCUUCCAGACUGACACCGGGGGAGGGGGGGCAUGGACUGUGCGGCCGCCUCUCUGGCUGCCUGCGCUCUGGACCUUGAGGUUUUUACCAUCCAAGAUGUGAAGGUCCGGAGUUCUGAGAUCGAAGGGGACAAACUGCAUUUGGCUCCACCCCAGCCAUCAAAGCAGUUUCUUAUCUCUCCUCCAGCCUCUCCUCCUGUAGGUUGGCACCCAAUGAACGAUGCAACACCUGCUGCUAACUAUGACCUCCUUUAUGCAGUUUCUAAACGGGAAUCAGGUGAGAAAUACGAGCUGCACGCAGGUACAGAGUCCACCCCAAGUGUCGUGGUGCAUGUCUGUGACAUGGAUGCAGCAGAAGAGGGAGACCCAAACAAUUCACCCAAGCCCAAAAUUGUUCAAACUCGACGUCCUGAUGUGCCACCCUGUGUCUAACUGAUUUUCUCCAACAAGAGCACCUCUUUUUUAUUCCACUUCUGUAGUCUUCCCAUGUAUUUUAAUUUCUAUUGGCUGUUUGUCUGGAAAAAAUAUAUUGCGUGUUUCUGGAUAUUUACCUUAUUGGAAUACACUCUUUGCUGCAAUGAAAUCUUACGAAAGAGUA